CGCCAUUUUGCUUCUCGAUGUAACCGCAGUUGUAGCUUUGUUAGCGAAAAUUGGACUGCGUUACACGGGAGUCUGGGUUGGACGGGUGAUUUUUUUUGGAUUUACAAAUUGGAAAAUUAUUCGAAAAGUGGGAAUAAAUUGUAGUUUUGUCCUCCUUUCAUGUGUUCGUGAUCUGAAGAUAGAGAAACGCGCGGUGCUGGACAAUGGUUUCUUUCUUUACUCUUACUUAAGUGUCCCCUACGGUCGCUGGGCGCUCUGCCUCCACGGUCCGAGGCCUUGUCUUUUCCUCCACAUUGUCGCCGCUGUCCGCCGCGCCCUAUGGAGGACUAGCUGGGCGCCGCCUCAUUGAGCCAAGGGACACGAAGAGCCAAACACCAGGAAGAGAUUCCGACACACAGCAGCAGGGAAGACGGGGCGAGGACCUAGGAUGUCGUCUACCAGGAGCCAGAACCCUCAUGGACUCAAACAGAUUGGGCUGGACCAGAUCUGGGAUGACCUGCGAGCGGGCAUUCAGCAGGUGUACACACGCCAGAGCAUGGCCAAAUCUCGCUACAUGGAGCUCUACACUCACGUGUAUAAUUAUUGCACCAGCGUGCACCAGUCAAACCAGGCCCGCGGGCCGGGCAUCCCCCAAUCCAAACCUUCCAAGAAGGCACCCACUCCAGGAGGAGCCCAGUUUGUGGGCCUUGAGCUCUACAAGAGACUAAAGGAGUUCCUGAAGAAUUACCUUACUAACUUACUAAAGGAUGGAGAGGACUUAAUGGACGAGAGCGUUCUGAAGUUCUACACGCAGCAGUGGGAAGAUUACCGGUUCUCCAGCAAAGUGCUCAAUGGUAUCUGUGCCUACCUCAACCGCCACUGGGUGCGGCGCGAAUGUGACGAAGGCCGCAAGGGGAUCUACGAAAUCUACUCGCUGGCCUUGGUGACCUGGAGAGAAUGCCUGUUUCGGCCUCUGAAUAAGCAGGUUACAAAUGCAGUAUUGAAGCUUAUUGAGAAGGAGCGAAACGGAGAGACCAUCAACACCAGACUUAUCAGUGGCGUAGUUCAGUCCUACGUUGAGCUGGGCCUGAACGAGGACGAUGCCUUCGCCAAAGGCCCCACUCUAUCCGUCUAUAAGGAAUACUUUGAGACUCAGUUCCUGGCCGACACUGAGCGCUUCUACACGAGGGAAAGCACAGAAUUCCUGCAGCAGAACCCGGUCACUGAGUACAUGAAAAAGGCAGAAGCACGUUUGUUGGAAGAGCAGAGGAGGGUACAGGUCUACCUCCAUGAAAGCACGCAGGAUGAGCUGGCCAGGAAAUGUGAGCAGGUUCUCAUUGAAAAGCAUCUGGAGAUCUUUCACACAGAGUUCCAAAAUCUUCUGGAUGCAGACAAGAACGAAGAUCUUGGCCGGAUGUACAACUUAGUGUCUCGGAUCACGGACGGUUUGGGAGAGCUCAAGAAGCUUCUAGAAACGCACAUCUACAACCAAGGCCUAGCUGCUAUUGAGAAAUGUGGGGAAGCUGCUCUUAAUGACCCCAAAAUGUAUGUCCAGACUAUUUUGGAUGUCCAUAAGAAGUACAAUGCAUUGGUGAUGUCUGCGUUUAACAACGAUGCUGGCUUUGUUGCUGCACUGGAUAAGGCCUGUGGGCGCUUCAUCAACAACAACGCCGUUACCAAGAUGGUCCAGUCGUCCAGCAAAUCUCCUGAACUUCUGGCUCGAUACUGUGACUCUCUGCUUAAGAAAAGCUCCAAGAACCCGGAGGAGGCAGAGCUUGAAGAUACUCUAAAUCAAGUGAUGGUGGUGUUUAAGUACAUUGAGGAUAAAGACGUGUUCCAGAAGUUUUAUGCGAAAAUGCUGGCCAAGCGCCUGGUCCACCAGAACAGCGCCAGCGACGAUGCCGAGGCCAGCAUGAUCUCCAAACUGAAGCAAGCCUGCGGCUUUGAGUACACGUCCAAGCUGCAGCGCAUGUUCCAGGACAUCGGUGUCAGCAAAGACCUAAACGAGCAGUUCAAGAAACACCUCACUAACUCGGAGCCUUUAGACUUGGACUUCAGUAUCCAGGUGCUGAGCUCUGGUUCUUGGCCUUUCCAGCAAUCCUGCACUUUUGCGCUGCCUUCUGAGUUGGAGAGGAGCUACCAAAGGUUCACAGCCUUCUACGCCAGCAGACACAGUGGCCGCAAACUCACCUGGCUCUACCACCUGUCCAAAGGAGAGCUGGUCACCAACUGCUUCAAGAACAGAUAUACCCUGCAGGCUUCCACGUUUCAGAUGGCCAUUCUCCUACAGUACAACACAGAGGAUGUGUACACAGUCCAGCAGUUGACUGACAGCACGCAAAUCAAAAUAGACAUUUUGGUGCAGGUUCUACAAAUUUUGUUAAAGUCCAAAUUGCUGGUCCUGGAGGAUGAGAACGCUAAUGUGGACGAGGUCGAGUUUAAACCAGACACGCUCAUAAAACUCUACCUGGGUUAUAAGAAUAAAAAGCUGCGGGUGAACAUCAACGUGCCAAUGAAGACGGAGCAGAAACAAGAGCAGGAAACCACUCACAAAAACAUUGAGGAAGAUCGAAAGCUCUUAAUACAGGCCGCCAUAGUGCGCAUCAUGAAGAUGAGGAAGAUGCUGAAGCACCAGCAGCUCCUGGCUGAGGUCCUUAACCAGCUCUCCUCCAGGUUCAAGCCCAGAGUCCCUGUCAUCAAGAAAUGCAUCGACAUUCUCAUAGAGAAGGAGUACUUGGAGAGAGUGGACGGAGAGAAGGACACUUACAGCUACCUGGCUUAACCAUUUUCUUUUCAUUCGCCCCCUCUUCAUCUUCCCCCCUCCGUCUCUCUUGCUCUCUUUUAAUUUGUCCCUAAUGUAAUAAACAUCAUUCCUUUUGACGUUCAGCCUAUGUCGUUGGGAAUGUGUGAACGGAGGAGGAUUUUUUUUUAUUUUAUUUAAAACUGCAAAGAAGAAAGACGAGCGGAAAAGAACCGCGUGUGUUAACGUGUGUGUAUCAUCGUAGCCGGAGUCUGCUGAGCUGGACUUCCCUUUAAAACACCCCGAGCGUGUUGGAGUGUCUUGCUUCACCCGAACUGGCUCAGGAUGGACAGACUUCAUUAUUGUAAAUAAACCCGGACAUUUAAUCUGAUGAAAAUCAAUCUAUUACUGAAAAACCCAACCUGCUACGGUUUGCAUGCAAACUGCCUAUGUGCAUUUAAACUAAAGUCAUAAAGGAUAAACAAAAAAAACUGAAAAGUAACACAUUAUUAGAUGAUUUAAGAAUACUACCGCAUAGUGUUUGCGGUAAUAUGGCCAGAAAGUUAUGUUUUAACAAAGGAAAAAUUUUAGCAACACAUCCCAAGGAAAGCAGUGCGUGUUUGACCCGGUCCUUAGGCGUGUCCUCGGCAUCGUUUCCUGUUAUCAAAUAUAUCAUUUGUAUAGUGUGGUUCACUUUUUUAAAUGUGUGGUAAAUAAAAAUUAAAGGUUUCUGUA